AUGGCCCAGGCGUCUCGCUCCGGUGGUCUUCUGUCUCCGCUCGCUACCGUGCCGUCGUUGCGGGCGCAGCCCGGGGGCGCUGUGGAGGAGCAGUGGCAGAGCGAGCGGGCGGGCGCUCUCCGCCGGGACGUUCGUGGCAGGCCGGGGCUGCCGGCUGCCGGGAGCAUCCCCUGCCUGGACCCACGGCCCGGCGGAGCUCCAGGAGGGCAGCCAUGCUGGGUGGCGCCGGCAGACGCAGGAGAGCACCGCGAGGCCGGCGCUGCGGCCUGGGGGCGGGAGCCGGCAGCUGGCGGCCCGAUCCCGCCUGCGCUGCAGCGUCUCCGGGCGGUGUUCCUGCGGCUGCACCGGGAGCGAGAGCAGCUCCUCCAAGCCCGGGACUGCGCCCGCCGCCUCCAGGCAGCCGUGCGCCUCCUGAGGAUCCUGAGUCCCGGCGUGCCACCCGCCAGCCCCAGCCCCGGCCCCUUGCCUCAGCUGUGCCGCGACCUGCUGCCGCACCCUUCCAGAGGGGCAGUCCUGCGAAGCGGCCUUGAGGAGACCCUCGAGCCGCUCCUCCUGGCGCGCCCCAUCGGACUAGCAGCCCAACGCCUGGAGGCUACAAUCGAGAUGCAGCUUCGGGCUCUGGGCCGGGCGCCCGCGAGCCCGGGCCUGUCGUCCCAACUCGCCGACCUGCUGCUGGCGCUUCCCGCCUACCACCAGCUGCAGGGAAAAGCCUUGAGCCACGUCCCAGGGGCCGCGCGCCCUUUUCCCCCGGCCCGUGUGCUCCGCCUCCUGACAGGGGAGCGGGGUUGCCUGGUAGCAGGUUGGCUGAAUGAGGCGCUCGGGGUAUCCGGCUUUCGGGACCAGCUCCGCAGGCGGUGCCACGAGGAGCGCGAGCUGCUGCCAGGGCUACUGGGCCUGAUGGAGGGCGUGGCGUGUCCAGUCAGCCCUGGACUAGGGCUUGGCGGGGCUGGAGCCCUGUGGAGCCAGUACUGGACCCUGCUGUGGGCAGCCUGUGCGCAAAGUCUGGACCUAAAUCUAGGACCCUGGAAGGACCCCAGGGAAGCGGCACAACAGCUGAAAAAUGCACUGGGUCAGGCAUCACUGCCUCAGGAGUGUGAGAAGGAGCUGGCGUCUUUGUGUCACAACCUAAUUCAUCAGUCUCUUCUCUGGAGCUGGGACCAAGGCUUCUGUCAGGCCUUGGGAUCUGCUGGUAGAGAUCAGAGCAGCCUUCCCUCAUCCUCUAGUACCACUGAACUUCUGCAAAAGCUCUUCCCUCCUCUCUUAGAUGCCCUUCGAGAACUCAGAUCAGGGAUGCUCCUCUGGCAGCCUCCAGGUCCUGCACCUCUUGCCUUGGGGCUCUGUACCCUGCAGACCACCUUGCUCUGGUUUUGGAGCAGAACUCAGAAGCACCUGGCAGCAUGGGCCCCAGGUUCCUUCCUGCUCCUGACCCUGAAGGACCUACCUCCUCUAUUGCGUGAGGCAGAAGCUCUGUCUAGCCUGGCUUCAGAGGAAAGCUUGGCCCUGGAGGUGGAGCAGCAGUUGGGCCUGGAGAUCCGGAAGCUGACUGCACAGGUCCAGCUCCUACCAGAAGAGUCACUAGGUCUCUUUUUUCAAGAAUGUCAUAAACAAGCCACACAGGACUUCGAACUCUAUAUGCCACGGGGUCGGUACUGGCGGCAUCGUCUCUGUCCUGAACUUCCCAGCAUUCCUAGUGAGUAUGCUGGGUUGGUGGUCCGCAGGAUACUGGAGCCUGUGUUGCAAGGAUUGCAAGGACUGCCACCCCAAGCCCAGGCCCCUGCCCUCAGCCAGGCGCUGACUGCCAUCCUGGGUGCCUGGCUCAACCACAUCCUCACCCAUGGGAUCCGGUUCAGCCUGCAGGGGGCGCUGCAGCUCAGACAAGACUUUGCAGUGGUCCGGGAGUUGCUGGAGGAGGAGCAGUGGGGCCUGUCCCCAGAACUUCGCCAGACUCUGCUCAUGCUCAGCAUCUUCCAGCAGCUGGACGGGGCACUGCUGUGUCUAUUGCAGCAGCCCUUGCCCAAGACUCAAGUCCACAGGAGGCCUUCCUGUUGCUGUGCAUGUAAUGACAUCCUGAACACGGACCUGCCCAGCAGCAGCCUCAACAGCCUGGAGAGCUUGGAGCCUCCUCUUCAGCCUGGAGCACCCCGAGCCCAGACAGCUCAGCUGCUAAGCACACUAUGGGGAGGAGGACCUAGCCCUGAGGCUUACCUGGUAGGAAAUCAGCAGGCCUGGCUUGCCCUGAGGCAGCACCAGCACCCGCGCUGGCACUUACCUUUUCUUUCCUGCCUGGGAACCAGUUCUGAAUCCUAAGGAGCCUGGUCAGAAGCCAGAGAGCAUAAGCUCCCCAUCUCUAUCUGAAAAAGCCCAGACAUUCAGAAAUGCAUAUAUAUAUUUUUAAAAAGCCUAAUUGGGAGCUUGGAAGAAAGCAUACCUGAGAACCAUAAGCUACACAGAGCCUGGACUUAAAAAGCUAAGAAUCCAACAUCACUCCAGUGCCUGGAAUCCAGAAUAAAAGGCAUAACCACAGCUUGGAACCUGGAGGUCAGCAUCCUUGGAAGGCUUGGGCUCAGUUCCCAUCAGUGGAGACGUCUUGGGGCUAGACACGGGUAGUAAGGGGCCAGACGCUGGGCGUAAGGCUGUAGGGUUGGAUCCCAGGGGAAAGGGGAAAAGAAAAAACAGAAGGCAGGGAGCCUAGAUGCCACUUUCUCUUAGGUCCCAGGAGCCAGGCUAAACACAAAAAGGUCAGGAACUAUUACAAAGUUAAUUCAUCAGGAACCACGACAGUGGAAAAGUAAUUUCUACUCCUGGAUCAGCCCCACCGUCUGUAUACUCUGUGCUCCCCUCCCCAUUACUAUUUUCAGUCAUUUAAGAAUAUUGAGCUGUAGGACCUUCA